AUGCCUUCCAAUUAUUCUUCAGUUCCUCCUCAAGAGGUAACAGGAACAACUCAGUUGCCUUUAUCACGUAUCAAGAAGAUAAUCGGGACCGAUCAAGACAUAAACAUGUGUUCCAGCAAUGCUGCAUUUGUUAUUACUCUAGCCACCGAAAUGUUCAUUCAAUACAUGGCCGAAUCAGGCCACAACGUUGUCAAGUCUGAACGCAAACCUCGUCGUAACAUUCAAUAUCGUGAUCUUUACCGUCCCCCUCAAACUCGUCAAAGCCAACGCCCACAUGGCCAACAACCUCGCAAAAACCAAAUCUACCGUCCCCCCACCAACCCUCCUUUUCCCCAACCCGCCACCUCGCACGCCGGUCCCUCAGCCCCAACCCCAACCCCAACCCCAAACUCCUUCCCUCAAUCCCCCCUCCUCGACACAGCACCUCCCCGCGUUUCCGUUUCCGGCCUGCUAGAAGACUCCGCUUCAGCCCCCGCAUCCGCAUCUACUUCCACACCAGCUCUCAAUCAAGUCCAACCUCAACCUCAACCCCAACCCCCAUCUCAACCCCAAACUCAAAACAACUCCCCCACCCAAAUCACGACCGCCACCACCCCCGCCCACCCCAUCACCAUCCCCAACGGUUUCACCCCCACCAACGGCUUCACCCCCGCCAACAAAUCCCAAAAACAGCAAGAACAGCGAAGAGUCAGCACCGCCACCGAAGACGAAGAUCCCAAUGCGCAAUUGCGGAUGGAGAGUCAAGCUAAUAGCGAUGAUCACGAUGAGGAAGAAGAAGAUGAUGAUGUCGAGAUGAGUUAG